CGGGGUCGGUCAGAAAUUCGAAUUCGAAAAGAAAAAAAAAUGCCGAUGUGCCGUGAGCAGUUCCGGAACAGUAUGGCGUAGAAAAACAUCAUAAAGAUAUACUACUACAGCACGAGGGAGCAUAGUUUUUUGAUGCAGGAGAACUCCACAUUAAAAAGAGUUUUAGCAAGUUCGCGGGACCCGCGUGGAUCGAUACUGCUCAUCACCACAUGUUGCUGAAUAACAUCGACUGAGUCGAAAUGAGAUUCGAGAUUAGAACGGUGAAUCUAAAGUAAUACUGAUUUCAUGAGAUGUCACCAAUGGCAACUCGAAGAGACAGAUAUUGCAGCUAUUGCGGACGCCAACUCCUCGCUCACCCAGACGCAAAUUCAGUUAAGUGCACAUGCGGAUUUGUAACUCGACUCCGCCCCCGGAUUCCGAUUCCUCGGCGGAACGGAGUCCAGCAGGCAGCUGCCAAUUUGGCCUUGGGCUUGCUCGGCCGGGUCACAAGUGCUCUCAACACCUUGAAUGCUAAUCAACAACCCAGGCCGACCAUGCCGAACCCAGACCCCCCAAGUGUGGACACUCCUAAGCCGGACCCACAGAACCCGGACCAGCCAAACCGGAGCUAUAACUUUGGGCCUCCAGCACCGCCGCAGCCUCUGUCGCCUCCCCCAGCACAUGGUAGGAAGCGUGCAGUGCUAUGCGGAGUAAGCUACCGGGGGAAGCAGCACAUGCUAAAAGGAAGCGUGAACGAUGUCAAGAACAUGAGGUUCUUCCUCACAAACCGUAUGGGAUUCCCUAGCGGUUCUAUACUUGUCCUUACCGAAGAAGAGUUAGACCCAUCCCGAAUCCCGACAAAGCACAACAUCCUGAUGGCUCUGAGGUGGCUGGUUCAUGGUGUCCGAGCAGGGGACUCGCUUGUGUUCCACUUCUCAGGGCAUGGAUCGAAACAGAUGGACAUGGACAUGGACGAGCUAGACGGCUAUGAUGAGACCAUCUGCCCUGUUGACCAUGAGAUCUCAGGGAAGAUAGUAGACGAUGAGAUAAACUCGAUCAUCGUGAGGCCCCUGCCUCGAGAGGCUCGACUUCAUGCAAUCAUUGAUUCUUGCUACAGCGGGACCGUGCUGGACCUGCCCUUCCUCUGUAGGAUCAAAAAGGACGGAUUCUAUAGAUGGGAAGAUCAUCAACUUCCAUCAGCCGCUUACAGAGGAACCAAUGGCGGCGUCGCAAUCUGUAUCAGCGCCUGCGAUGAUCAUGAAACCUCCGCCGACACUUCGGCUUUCUUGGUGGACACUGUGACUGGGGCGAUGACCUUUAGCUUCAUUCAAGCGAUGGCAAAUUAUUCAUCGGGUCAUCCAACAUACGGUCACCUGCUCAACGCGAUGCGCACAGCUAUUCGACAGGCCAAAGCAGGGGAUGGCUACAGAGAACCCGCUGCCGGAUCUAUGCAGGAACCUCAACUGUCAUCUUCCGAGAAGUUCGAGAUCUACUCGGCAAAAAUCGCACUCUGAUGUGUACUCAUUCAUGGAUAAAUAAACAAUCCGGUAGCUAUAAAUCCCACUACAGUACUACUGCAUUUAUGGUAAAUAAGUUUAGUCGUUAAUCGAAUAUAGCACAGGUAGCACAUUGUGAACGCCGUGCAGCAGGACCGUGUAAGAGAAUUACUCCCGAUUCUCUGAUUGCUUCGAGUCCGACAAUAAGGAUGACGACUUCGUUAUAAUAUGAACAAAUGAGGCAUUUCAAAUUAAAGUAAUGUAUGUCUUAUAUGUGAUCAUUAACGUUUCGACUCCCGAUAAA